AUGUUCAAAUAAUAUGAUGGCUAAAAAACCUAUUAUCUCUUACCUAAAGUGCAUAUAGAUUUCAACUUCUGCUGCAAGAAUUCUUCAAAUUCUGCAUCAAUACUUUGUCUGGAUUUCGUCAGGGUCCCAUCCACAUCGAAUAAGCAUAAGAUUUUACUUGGCAUUGUUCUUCAGUAUGUUAAAAUGCACUUUUCCAGCUGGUCUUUGUCCUUUUUCUUCGUGAUUUUUCACAGUUUUUCUUACGUGUCUUUGCAGGCAAAUAAGCCAAACGUACUAUUGAUUAUAGCUGACGAUGGAGGUUUUGAAAUGGGCGCUUACCUGAACAAAAUCUGCCAAACUCCAAACCUCGACCAACUAGCGAAAAACAGUUUGAUUUUCAAUAAGGCAUUCACUUCUGUUAGUAGCUGUUCACCAAGUCGCUCUGCAAUAUUAACAGGAGCACCUUCGCACCAGAAUGGCAUGUAUGGAUUACACCAAGGAGUUCACCACUUUGAUUCCUUUAACACAAUCCAAAGCCUACCCAAAAUAUUAAGCAACCACAAAAUAAAAACUGGCAUAAUUGGCAAAAAGCAUGUGGGUCCAGAGUCAACCUACCCAUUUGACUAUGCCCAAACCGAAGAAAACAACUCAAUAUUACAAGUAGGCAGAAACAUCACACACAUAAAACUUCUAACAAGAGAAUUCCUAAACUCCACCAACCAAAAUCCGUUUUUCUUAUACGUUGCCUUUCACGAUCCUCAUCGCUGCGGUCAUACAAAUCCAGAAUAUGGAGCAUUUUGCCAGAAAUUCGGCAAUGGAGAAGCGGGUAUGGGUUUAAUACCUGACUGGCAACCAAUCCAUUAUCAAUGGGACGAAAUUACACCCCCAUAUUACAUCCCAGAUACUGAGCCUGCUAGACGAGACAUUGCAGCUCAAUACAUCACAAUGUCCAGAUUAGAUCAAGGAGUUGGCUUAAUACUCAAAGAAUUAAAAGAUUAUUUGAAUAAUACCUUAAUAAUAUUUAGCUCUGAUAAUGGAAUACCAUUUCCUAAUGGUAGAACUAAUUUGUACGAUUCUGGUAUAGCAGAGCCGAUGUUUAUUUCGUCACCUUACCACAAAAAAAGGCGCAACCAAAUUACCAACUCUUUAGCUAGUUUAUUGGAUAUUGUACCAACAAUUUUAGAUUGGUUUGGUAUAAGUAAUCAAAAUCUUACAGGCAAAAGCUUGUUGCCUUUACUGACAAAAGAGCCAUCAGACAAGUCAAAAGAAGCAAUUUUUGCCAGUCACAACCUGCAUGAAAUAACAAUGUAUUACCCAAUGAGAAUGAUUAGAACCCAGCGUUAUAAGCUAAUUCACAAUUUGAACUACCUAAGUCCAUUUCCAAUAGAUCAAGAUUUGUAUUUGUCAGCAACUUUUCAAGAUUUGCUUAAUAGGACUAAGUCUGGCCAGCCAAAUUAUUGGUUUAAGACUUUGAAAAGCUAUUAUUUUAGACCGGAAUGGGAGCUGUAUGAUUUGAAACUAGAUCCUGCUGAGCUGAAUAAUUUAGCUUCAAAAACUAGCAUGGUAGAUGUGCUUGAAGAUCUGAAAACGAGGUUGUUUGAGUGGCAGAAAUCUACUCAAGAUCCUUGGUUGUGUGCUCCGCAUGCUGUUUUAGAAGACCAAGGGGAUUUCAAAGAUAAGAUUGCUUGUUUGGGGUUGGACAAUGGGGUUUAGUAAAAAAUAAAAGUUUAUUGUCAAUUAAUUAAAUAAAAUCUAUAAAGGUGUAACAAUGUAAGUACGUAUAAGGAUAUUGAUUAUAUAAAGAAAUAAUAUUUCAGAGUUAUUGGUUUGUUCCAACACCAAGUUUUGUGCAGAAUUGUAACAAAGGUUCAACUUAUAUACCCAGUAAACACAUCUGUGACAUUAGUUUUAUGUAACAAAAGUUUCAACUUUGAGGCUAAAUAAUUUGAAAACUAUUUGAGAUACCUGAUUCAAUUUUGUUUUAUCUUGAAGAGUAUUUAAUUCUGGAUAAGAGUAUGUAAAUAUGAAUCAGAAUUUGUAAAAUAUUAAUUGAGAUAUGGGCGAUUUUAUAAGGCAAUGUCAAAUUCUCAGGGCAAAAAUCAUUUUUAAUUUUUUACAGGCCCUAAAACCUCGAAAAGAAAAAUUACGAAAAUGCUUUUCCACUAAAUUUGACCCCCUUUUUCGAUUGGUAAAGUCAAAAAUUGAAAAAUUUAGAAAAAUGAAAAUUGAAAUUUUUCCAAGGAAAUUUCAUUUUCAAUAUUUUGGAAACUAUGAGAGUUAUGAAUACGAAAUUUUGUCUAAUCGUAGAUUUCAAUUAGGGCUUCAAAAAAGGGUAUCUGAGGCACCGAGCCCUAGGGCUUCGUUUUGGAGAUAAUCAGCUUUGAAGGUUUUCCAGAAUUUCAGACAAAGUUUCAACUUUGAGGCUCAAUAUCUUGAGAACUAUUUGAGAUACAUGAUUCAAUUAUGCUUUAUCUCGAAGAGCAUUUAAUUUUGAUUAAGAAUAUAUAAAUA